AUGGGAGGGGCAGGCGUUGUGCUGCUGCUGCUGCUGCUGGCCGGGCCGGGCGCGGGGGGGGCCUGGAGACCACCAAAGGGAAAGUGUCCUCCGAGUUGCUCCUGCUCCAAGGACAGUGCCCUGUGUGAGGGCUCUCCGGACCUGCCUGAGAGCUUCCCCCUGACCCUGCUGUCACUCUCACUCGUUAGGACUGGAGUCACCCAGCUGAAGGCCGGCAGCUUCCUGAGGGUGCCCACACUGCACCUGCUCCUCUUCUCAGCCAACUCCUUCUCUGUGAUUGAGGACGAUGCAUUUGCGGGCCUGUCCCACCUGCAGUAUCUCUUCAUCGAGGACAAUGAGAUUGGCUCCAUCUCUAAGAACGCUCUCAGAGGACUUCGCUCACUCACACACCUGAGCCUGGCCAAUAAUAAUCUCGAGACCCUCCCCAGAUUCCUGUUCCGAGGCCUGGAGACCCUAACUCAUGUGGACCUCCGCGGGAACCCGAUCCAGUGUGACUGCCGCGUCCUCUGGCUGCUGCAGUGGAUGCCCACCGUGAACGCCAGCGUGGGCACCGGGGCCUGCGCCGGCCCCACUGCUCUGGCCCACGUGCAGCUCCGCCACCUCGACCCCAAGACGUUCAAGUGCAGAGCCAUAGAGCUGUCCUGGUUUCAGACGGUUGGGGAGUCAGCGCUGGGCGUCGAGUCUUUCACCUACCAGGGGGAGCCCCACAUGGUCCUGGCACAGCCCUUUGCAGGCCGCUGUCUGAUCCUCACCUGGGACUACAGCCUGCAGCGUUUCCGACCCGAAGAAGAGCUGUCCGCGCCCUCGGUGGUGUCCUGCAAGCCACUGGUGCUGGGCCCCCGCCUCUUCGUGCUGGCCGCCCGCCUGUGGGGGGGCUCGCAGCUGUGGGCCCGGCCCAGCCCCGGCCUGCGCCUGGCCCCCACGCAGGCCCUGGCCCCGCGACGGCUGCUGCGGCCCAAUGACGCCGAGCUCCUGUGGCUGGACGGGCAGCCCUGCUUCGUGGUGGCCGACGCCUCCAAGGCGGGCAGCACCACACUGCUGUGCCGGGACGGGCCCGGCUUCUACCCUCGCCAGAGCCUGCACGCCUGGCACCGGGACACGGAUGCCGAGGCCCUGGAGCUCGAUGGCCGGCCCCAUCUGCUGCUGGCCUCCGCCUCACAGCGGCCCGUGCUCUUCCACUGGCUCGGAGGCCGCUUCGAGCGGCGCACGGACAUCCCCGAGGCCGAGGACGUCUAUGCCACACGCCACUUCCAAGCUGGUGGGGAUGUGUUCCUGUGCCUCACCCGCUACAUCGGGGACUCCAUGGUCAUGCGCUGGGACGGCUCCAUGUUCCGCCUGCUGCAGCAACUGCCCUCGCGGGGUGCCCACGUCUUUCAGCCACUGCUCAUCGCCAGGGACCAGCUGGCUAUCUUGGGCAGCGACUUCGCCUUCAGUCGGGUCUUCCGUCUUGAGCCUGACAAAGGGCUCCUGGAGCCGCUGCAGGAGCUGGGGCCCCCAGCCCUGGUGGCCCCUCGCGCCUUCGCCCACGUCACCAUGGCGGGCAGACGCUUCCUCUUCGCAGCUUGCUUCAAGGGCCCCACGCAGAUCUACCAGCAUCACGAGUUAGACCUCAGCGCCUGAAACGCGAGGAGACCUUGGGACCUUGCACAUGGCUUGGAGCAGAGGGGGCACAGGGAGUCCCAGGCCCCCGGACACCCACUUGAAUGGCCUCUCCUGGCCCUACCCAGGGUGACGUUAUCUGUGAGGUACUGACCACAGGCCGAGUUCAAGAUAAGCGCCUUGAACCCCCCGUCUUAAGCAACAUCUUGGCUGGCGGCACACGCUCUGACUAAGGAUGACUUGGGGGCUCGGGCUGGGGCACUGCAAGGGGCCGGGACACCGAGGUCAUGGUGGGGGUACUGUGCAGAACUCCAUGAGGUCUGGAAGCGGCCCCCUCAAGCCCACUCCCACCCCUCCUGCUCCCAGGGAAAGUACAGGGAGGAGACAGCUUUCCUCUCCCUCUAAACUCAAUCUGGCCAAUCGCUUUUAGUGCCCGCCUCCGUGACGUCAUCAGUCGCUGGGCCGGUUUCCCCGGCCUGGCUUGCUAACUUCCUCUGCUGCUUGUGUGCAUGCCUACUGCCAAGGCGGAAGCCCAGCAUGUUGGCCCUCUGGCGAGUGCGUGGGAAAUAGGUGGGAAAGUAGGAGCUGUUGGGGGUUCCCGGGCUCCCCUGUCUCUGGAGAGGACGGAAAGUGUAUGAGCUCAAUAAACGCGCUGUGCACCCGCCCCA